AUGGGGAUAUAUCCUAGAUUAGACCUACGACAGCCGUUAUCAGUCACAGAUGCGCCUCCUGGACUGGUGAGCCCAAGUUCUUCGACCCAUUCGUCCAAGAUCUCCGAAGACCGGUUCUGGAAUCACAGUGCGCCUGUCUCCCCUCCCAUGUCCAACUAUGACCCAAACACCAGACCCGAUAUGUCGGCUGGAAAGGGUUCGGAAGAGGGUCAGGCACGAAGAGAGCCGCCCAGCCAGGCACCUCGACAGCAACUGCCGUCGUUGAGCAGCAUCUUUGGGCCGUCUCAGCUCGUUCGCCCUCUACACUCUCCGCAUACGGAUCGACCAAGUCCUGUAUAUGGAGCUCAGUCCCCUCCAGAGCGGCCGCACUCCGCAGCUGCGAAUCCAGAGAGGCCUUACUCGAGAAGCUCGUCAUACUUCCCGAACGUCUCUCCACUCAUGAAUCAACCGCGAAGCGUUUACGAGCCGAGACUGGAGCUGGAGCGACGGCCAACACUGCCUUCACUCGCGCACGACUUCCCUGGUCCAUUAUCGCCUCCAACCCGCGAAUUCGAGUACGCGCAACACGCAUCCCGCAACGAAUCGAGCUCCGGUGGAAGAUGGUCUCAAUCAAGCUAUCAGGACGCAAGGCGGCCAGAGUACGUGUUCGGCUCCCAGCCAUCAACUCCGUCCUUUAGGCCCGUCAGCGAGCGGAUGCCAUUGCCUUCCCUCGGCCAGAGUCUCGGACUAGAGUCAGGGUCAGGCCUGAAGAAAGAGGCCCAGAUGCAUGCAGGACUCUUGAACCGCUCGCCAACUCUAGCGAGCACAGCCAGCUCGGAAGGGUUGCCCGUGAAGGACGGCUUAGGGCCCAAGAUCUGGACUGGGACGCACUUCUUGCCUCGCUUCGUCCGACAAGCCGAGGUUCCUGGAGAGGGUAUCUGCUAUUUCUACGACGACGGGACUCACUGCAAGACGGUCAUCGACGGAGAAGCCGUAAAUGCGCAUUGGGGGGUGACGAAGGCUGGGAAACCGAGGAAGCGACUCGCAAUUGCUUGCUUGACCUGCCGCGAGAAGAAGAUCAAAUGCGACCCCGAUUUCCCUCGCUGCGUCCAGUGCGAGAAGUUCGGCAGGGUGUGCAAAUUCAAGAAUGCUCCUCGUGGAGGCCACAACACCUCACCGCUAACUUCGCCCGUCGAGCAUGACGACUCGCGGCAACCCGGGGUUCUACCCAGGCCGGCCGAACUCGGGAGACCGACGAGCCCCCCCAGCGCAUCCGUCUCACCUCGAACCACCAAGCUCAGCCAUCCUUCCCCUGAACUACCAGGGCUGCCCUCGAAAAGGAUGAGAUUCUCCUACGAGCACUAUCCGCCCUCGGGUAGUCGUCCCUCUCCCAUGAUGCCGGCCCCCGAGAUCAGGACGGCCGCAACGCCUUGGCAGCACCGUGACUUGCCUCGCAUACAUGAAGACGUCCUCUGCCGCAAGUGGCAAACUGACCCGUACGUCUCUGAUCCUCAAGCCACCAUAUCCACCAUCACUUCCUUCUUCAGCCACGUGAGGGCUAUGGCGCUGCGCUUUCUCCCCGAGCGCAUCUUCACAGACUGGGUGCAAGGGGACUAUGAUGCUCAUACUAGAAAAUCUCCAGAAGACCUCAUGCUCGUGUAUAGCCAACUGGCCUUCGGCCUACAUGUUGCCGGCGGCUCGAAGCACCUAGCCAGCCAACAUGCUCAAGUUGCCAGAUUUGCUACCCAGAAGAGCUCACCUAGCCUUCAGCUCGUGCAGACGAAACUGAUUCUGUCUCUAUUUUACCAUGCGACCUCGAGGGCAUUUGAUAGCAUCGACAUGCUGAAUGGAGCAAUUUCCGCGGCUUUAUACGCACGGCUCAAUCUUGAACUUGACCUAUGCAUCGAAGGGGCUCAGAGGAAACCGUACGGGAUGGACAAGGCGACCUAUGCCGAGUGCAGGAGGAGGACUUUCUUCUCGUGUUUCAUUUGGGAGAGGUUGAAUGGAUUUUGCCCUCCACGGCCGCUGAUGCUCAACGCUCAAGAUGUAUUCCUGCAACUCCCCCAGCACGAGAAGGCAUUCGAUGAGGGUCAUUCGAGUGCAAAGCCAACCCCGUGUCUCGACGUGAACCGGGACAUUGCAUCGCUCCCUGAUAGCGUUGGUAUCAUGGGACACCUGGUCCUGAUUGUGGAGGUCUACGGCAGGAUCAUGGAAUGGGUGCAGAGGGAAGCGACCAGGGCGCACCCGACAGAGCCGGAUCACCUCAAGGUUCUGGAAAAGAUGGCUGCGAGACUACGACAAUGUCAAGACGCUCUACCGCAGGACUACCGCUUCUCGGAUAAGAACCUUGCAAAAGCUAGCGAGGACGGGGUCGAAGGAUGCUUGAUAAUUCGUCACCUCGUGGGCUUGCUCGCUAGAACUAAAUUUGCGAGGCACGCCCAAUCAGCUCUGACGAGGUCACUUCCACUGGAUGACCGUGCCCGGAAAUCACUCGCCUUGGGCGGAGAUCUCAUGUUCGUGGCGCUGGCGCUGAGGGACCAAGUAAGAGCGAGGCGACACUCGGACGCCCCCUUUGUCUUAGCCCCUUUCGCAAUCAACGCCGCAGUCGAGGCUGUCGAUCUUCUGUCGGCCACCGGCCCAGUCUCAUCGAUCCCUAACUCGAUCCACGAGCUCGACACUGCCAAAUAUUUGUGCGACGUUCUGUCGACAGAGUGGGAGGAUCCAAACAGCCAGAAGGCUGUUCUAGAGAGACGAGCAGAAACACUACUCCUUAUCCAUGGGAGAGCUAGCAACGCCAUCACGAAUCCGAUACCCGGGUGUGAAGUGUAUGUCGCACCCACUUCAACGAAGAGUCUACUAUACCGCAUUCACGAACCCCUCGAGACACGAUGGCCACACGAAAUGGACGCCGUAUAUACACAACACCGAGGGACACAGCACUCGGCCAAUACCGCAGCCGCGUCAUAA